AUAGUUUGCUAAAUGAUGGUACGUGUAUGAAACAGAAGCUGUAUAUAAGUGUUCAUUGGGAUCACCUGUUUUGGUGCGCAACUUCUUAGAUAGUGAAGUAUUCCUUAGCUUUCUAGCUAGCUAGCUAGCUUAUCUCCUAAAGAUUAGGAUACUAUUAAUUAGUUUUAGGUAGCUAGAUAUUCUUAUAAUGCCUAGAACAUCAGCAAGUGCGCCAAGAGAUCCAUUAGUAUUAGGUGGAGUUAUUGGUGAUGUUUUAGAGCCAUUCGAAAGAUCCGUCACUCUCAAAAUCAGCUUUAACAAUAGAAAUGUUAAUAAUGGAGGAGAUUUUAGGCCAUCACAAGUUGUUAACCAACCUAGGGUCGAAGUCGGAGGUGAUGACCUUAGGACUUGCUAUACCUUGGUAAUGGUAGAUCCAGAUGCUCCUAGCCCAAGUAACCCGCAUCAAAGAGAGUACUUGCACUGGUUGGUGACUGAUAUUCCCGGAACCACAAGUGCAUCAUUUGGAGAAGAGAUUGUUUACUAUGAAAACCCACGACCCUCAACGGGGAUACAUCGAUUUGUAUUUGCAUUGUUUCGGCAAUUGGGAAGGCAAACUGUAAAUGCUCCACAACAACGCCAAAAUUUUAAUACAAGAGACUUUGCUGAACUCUACAAUCUUGGCUUGCCUGUUGCUGCUGUAUAUUUCAAUUGCCAAAGGGAGGGAGGCUGUGGUGGAAGGAGGUUUUAGAAUUCCAAUUCCACCUCUCCAUUUCAAUGAACUUAGCACUUGCUAAAAAUAAACGUAUAACAAUAUCGUUACAAUUGUAUUGUUAUCUUAUAGGUUUGUAAAUUGCGUUCUUUUAUCACAUGGGUUCACUUUUUUCUUUCUAUUUAUUUGUCCCCAUGUUUUGUACAUCUUUUGGUGCCAAUGGAAAGUAAGGUGAAUUACAUGAAGUAAUAAAAGUUUCGGUAUAUGCUUCUCUUGA